GCUUUGGGUUACGUCCUUCUUCUCAUUUCUGACUCUAUUCUUGUCUUCCUCAGAUUCAUCUUCACUUUUAAACACAAGUUCUUCAUCAAUUGGUUCUCUCUCCAUUUUCACAUCUCGUAAUUAUUGUAAAAUAUGGCUCCCAAACAAGAACAAGAAUCUGCCCUCUUGAACCCUCUCGUCGAUGGUCAAGAUACAGAUGAAGACUCAGAAUCCUACCAUUAUGUCCCUCCUCGAAGGCGGCGUUGCUCUGCAUGCAGAUGCGUCGGAUGGAUCUUCGCUUUACUCUCAAUUAUCUUUAUCUCAGCUCUCUCAGGUGCUUGGAUCUCAAUGGCAUAUCUAAACAUUGACCAGACAUGUGCUGCACACACAACAUCAUGGUCACCGGUUCUGAAGGACGUUUCGAUAAAAUACCACGAACAACCAUUUGAUGGAAACUUUAUGGAGGAGAAUGACUUCCGAAAGAACGGCUCUGCUAAAGUCGAUGAAGCGUGGGAAUCACUUGGUGUUGACUAUCGACCUGGUGUCAUCUCAUAUGAAGACGGAAUUGCCAGCGGUCUCACUGAUGCCCAUGUCCAAGUUAGUCCUGAGCAUGGUGGCGGUUUCAUUGUUAAUGUUGAGGGCAUGCAUCACCUUCACUGUCUGAACCUCGUCCGCAAGUCUCUCUACUUCAAUUACGACCACUACAAGGCCCUGGGUGGACAUGCCUUCAAGAACGAAGGCGAAGUCUUCCGCCUGCACGUCACACACUGUCUCGAUACAAUUCGUCAAGUUCUCAUGUGCAACGUUGAUACUGGUGUUCUUGGACAAGUCUGGUAUGAUAGGAAGAACCCCAGCGCGUUUCCCGACUUCAACACCAAGCACACUUGCAAGAACUACGACGAUAUCAAGAAGUGGUCAGAGAAGCUUCAGGCUCCUCCUCCUGGUACACUGCCCCCAGACUUCCUCGCCAACCCGCACCCAGAGCACGUUCUUGAGUUUACACCAUAAUGGCACACAUUCCCUCCACGAUAUAAAUUUUAUGAGUUUCGAAGACGAUAAUGCAACUUCUUUAAAUGUUUCUUGGGUCACAUGUAGAUAGGCAUCGUGCAUAUACACCAAGCAGGCUUCAACGCCACCAAUAUUAUAAUACCUUCCUUUCAUACAUA